UAGUUUCUUUCUCUCUUAUUUCGUCUCUUUGGAUAAGAGAAAACGAGAUGAAUUUGCCACAAUAUUCAGUGUAAUUCUAAAAUAAAUUUAAAAUUCCAUUUAGUUGCAAUUUUCAAGUUGAAUAAGGCGCGCGCGAAUUGCGGUUUGAGGCUUUUUCGAACUUUGUUUUUGUGUGAGAGCAACAAAAAACAAAAACAAAGUAAAUAAUUUCCAGACAAUGGCAAGUGGAGCCAAUUGUGGGCAUUUUAUGAUGCUAAUUAUUGUAGUAAACAUGAAUGUACUUUGCCGCGGUCACCCCGCAGGGGGCAUAGUGUUUCCGAAUGAUGACGUCUCCAGAUAUCGACCAAAAAUGGAGGUCGAAAAUGGCUUAAGAACAAAAAGCACUCAACAACGUGGUAGUGGAAUUAUUAUCUUUCGAGAAGAAAUGCUUGCUGGCGCUCCAUUGAAGCCUAAUAUGACGCCAUCGCUUAAGGUUCAUCCCAACGACAAUGCAGUGAACGUAACAAAACAAUCAACGUCGCCUUCUGGCACAAUUGAUCCUGAUGAGUUUGAAGAUGACGAUGAAACUUUUGACCACAAACAUCAAGUGUACUGAUCUAACGCUAUUAUAUUUGAAGGAUAAGUAAUAAAAAAAACGGACACAAAUAAAAUGUUGAUGUUUAAUUGCAUUUGGAGCCCGAUUUUAUUAAUUUUCAUCUUCAGCAAUGCACAGAAUUGCAUUUUCGGAAAUAUGCUCGGUGAUCGCAAAAUGCCAAGCUCGAUAAACCCAAAAUGGGCUGAAAGGAAUCAAAAACCUAUAGCCAUUAGCCCAAUCAAUGAGCUGUCAAAAACUGCUCCUUAUCCAAAUAAACUCAACACUAUCAUCAAAUCAGCAAAGCAAAGCUCACAAGUAGCACUUCAAAAUUUUGGAGUAACAUAUCCCAAUCCAAUUGUGGAUGGUGUGGGACAAAAACAUCUCCUCGAAUCAUUUCAAACAACUCUGAAGCAGCAAAAACAAUCGAGCUUGUCAAAACGAAAAGAAAAGGAGUUGCAAGAGAAAAAGAUAAAUGAUUUUUUUCAAAACGUGUUAAUGAAUCGCAAGAUGCGAGUACCUAAUAACAAAAACAAGUUUAACAAUAAAAUCAAGGCUGCAAUGCAAAGAUCCAAAGACUCAUUACACAAAAUGGGAGUUCCAAGUCAUAGUGCUAUAUUCGAUGAAGAUAGUCAGAAACAGCUUUUGCAGUUUUACAAGCAAAUACUGAAGCGGCAAAGUGACCAUCCUGAUGACGAUGACGACGACGAUGGUGAAUAUAAUGUUAAAAGAUUUCAUCUUGCGGUUAUGAGAAAUUGUGCAAAAGUAAUAAACAAUCGAUGUGCAGCGGCAAGAAAAAAAAAUUUUAGGAAAUUGGUGUAGCUGUUA